AUGGAGGAAAGGAGCGCCAUCAGAGGGGUUCGUCAGCUCGUGGCCCCCUCCACGUCACUGAGGCAGGGGACUCCACGAGACUAUAAAGCGUGCACGCAGCCGAGGAUCUUCAUCCCCCAGCCGGUGCCUGGGAGCGUGCGCCCGGGCGGGACUCCAGCUCCGCGACAACCCCUAGUAGCUGUCCACCUUCCCGCGGCCAGAGCCGCAAACUCCUCGGAGACCGGCGCCUGGGCGCUCCACCUGCGAGCGGCCGCCGCGGUCCUUCCACCUCGCUUCCCGGAGGGGCUGGGGGCGCCGGGGGUGGAGGCGGAGUGGCUGCACCUGCUAGUCCAAGCCGGAAACCUCUCCUCCUCCUCGGCGCCCGGAUUGCCCCCCCAGCCCCGGGCCAACCUCACCAACCAGUUCGUGCAGCCGUCCUGGCGCAUCGCGCUCUGGUCCCUGGCCUACGGCGUGGUGGUGGCCGUGGCCGUCUUCGGAAACCUCAUCGUCAUCUGGAUCAUCCUGGCCCACAAGCGCAUGAGGACGGUCACCAACUACUUCCUCGUGAACCUGGCUUUCUCCGACGCCUCCAUGGCCGCCUUCAACACGCUGGUCAACUUCAUCUACGCGCUCCAUAGCGAGUGGUACUUCGGCGCCAACUACUGCCGCUUCCAGAACUUCUUUCCUAUCACGGCAGUGUUCGCCAGCAUCUACUCCAUGACGGCCAUCGCCGUGGACAGGUAUAUGGCCAUUAUCGAUCCCUUGAAGCCCAGACUGUCUGCGACGGCCACCAAGAUUGUCAUUGCAAGUAUCUGGAUUCUGGCAUUUCUGCUUGCCUUUCCGCAGUGUCUUUACUCGAAAACCAAAGUCAUGCCAGGCCGCACUCUUUGCUACGUGCAGUGGCCGGAAGGUCCCAAACAACAUUUCACGUACCACAUGAUCGUCAUUAUCCUGGUGUACUGUUUCCCGUUGCUCAUCAUGGGUAUCACGUACACCAUCGUGGGCAUCACUCUCUGGGGAGGCGAGAUCCCAGGCGAUACCUCUGACAAGUACCACGAACAGCUGAAGGCUAAGAGGAAGGUUGUCAAAAUGAUGAUCAUUGUCGUGGUGACAUUUGCCAUCUGCUGGCUGCCCUAUCAUAUUUACUUCAUCCUCACUGCAAUCUACCAACAACUGAAUAGGUGGAAAUACAUCCAGCAGAUCUACCUGGCUAGCUUUUGGCUGGCCAUGAGCUCAACCAUGUACAAUCCUAUCAUCUACUGCUGUCUGAAUAAGAGAUUUCGAGCUGGCUUCAAGAGAGCAUUUCGCUGGUGCCCUUUUAUUGAAAUUUCCAGCUACGAUGAGCUAGAACUCAAGACCACCAGAUUUCACCCAACUCGGCAAAGCAGCCUGUACACCGUGACCCGGAUGGAGUCCAUGACAGUGGUUUUCGACCCCAGUGACAGCGACGCCAAAUCCAGCCGGAAGAAGAGAGGGACACCAGGAGACCCAGGCUUAGGGGGCUGCUCCCGCAGGAAUUCCAAAUCUGCCUCCACUACUUCAAGUUUCAUAAGCUCGCCCUAUGCCUCUGUGGAUGAAUACUCUUAAAUCCACUUCCUGGGCUGAAAGGUCAGUGUGAGGCUGGUAGUACACCUAGGCCUCUAGCCUCCAGCAGAGAGAUACUCUGUGGAAACUGAAGGUAAUUUUUAGGCAGCUAUGCUUAAAUUGAAAAAGGUAGUACAUGAAUGUGACAAAGACACUAUAAAGAUACUAUCCACCUCCCUCCCCCAAGAAGAUAAAAUGGGCAUUAAAUUUGUGCUUUCCAGCCAGCCAGG